ACAGAGGUACCAAGUACUUUUAGAUUGGUCUACACCGAAACAUACUGCGCGAUGGAUUUUAUUUUUCGUUCUGGUUUGCCUAUUCAUCAUCCGAAUUUUAUUAGCACAAGGGUGGUACAUCAUCGCCUAUGCCUUUGCCAUAUAUGUCCUGAAUAUGUUCAUAGCUUUCCUGUCACCACGAUUCGAACCUUCGUCACAAAUGGAGGAGGAAGAUGACGGACCUUCACUACCCACAAAUGCAGACGAAGACUUCAAGCCCUUUGUUCGGAGGCUUCCUGAAUUCAAGUUCUGGUUGAGCGCAAUGAAAGGAGUCUUCACAGCCAUAUUCUGCUCAUUCUUCAAGGUGUUCGAUGUACCGGUAUUCUGGCCGAUUCUAGUGCUAUACUUUCUGAUCUUAUUCACCGUCACGAUGAAACGGCAGAUUAAGCAUAUGGUGAAGCACAAGUACUUACCGUGGAACGUGGGCAAGAAAAAAUACGGGGGUAUGGGUUCAACGACCAUGAAAAAUAACAAAUAAGAUUAGAGCGCUGGUAUGAGUCACGCCCAUGCAGAAUGGGUAUUGGUGAGCAUCAAGCAGUGUAGAAACUCGUGAUCUCAUUCGGUAGAAAAUGAAAAUAAAGUUAGCAGUACUAAAUCGCGCACGCCAUUGCGAUGGAAUGGAUAUUGCUGGCGGACUUCUUCAAUUAAACAGUGUUUGUGUGUACAGUUACUGCAGUAUCAAUGGUCUUUAGUUUCAGCCUUUCAUCUUUGUAGAAUCGACAACCGAUGGCUCGAACGCAGCACAAGACAUCAAAUGGAAUUUUAAUUGCGAAAUAUUUCAUAUUAUACCGAGUUAUGGUGUGCAUCGAUUUAGACCUACCAUGAACAUGAAAAGGAAUUUCGUCUUCUUAUACAUAAGCUCAUGGAAAACGUUCAAAGAAUUAAGUAUGUGAUUAAUUAAUAUGGAACCACAGCCG